CGGAAACAAUGUUGAAGUUUGUGGUUUUAACAGCUGUAUUUUCUCUCGUCUAUUCUGCAGGGAUUAAGCUUCACUUAACAGAUGAAAUGAAAGCUAUGUUGAGGAAGUCUAAAUGGGAUCACAAGAAUACAGUUAUCUCUAUACACGGACCUAUGACUCUAAAUCUGCAGUCAAGUUAUAAACUAAGGAAUGGACAGGUGUUUCUGAAAUCACAUAUCAAAGAGAAGCACAAAGACUGUGCUGAUAUCCUCAAACACAGACCCCUGAGUAAAGACGGCGUGUACACGAUUUAUCCAGACAUGAAGACAAAGAAGUCGGUGUUCUGUGACAUGACGACUGACGGAGGCGGAUGGACGGUGAUACAAAGACGACAAGAUGGCGUGACCGACUUCUACAGGAACUGGGCCGAGUACAAGAAUGGAUUUGGUGACGCCGAGAAUGAAUAUUGGCUGGGAAAUGAUGCUAUUCACACACUGACAAAAGACAAAAAGCAAGAACUAAGGAUAGAUCUGGAGAGAUUCUCUAGACAAAAAGCACAUGCCACUUACUCCACAUUCUACAUCGGUAAUGGCGCUGAGAAGUAUAAACUAACAUUAGGGGGAUUCAAGGGCACCAAGGGUCUUGGGGAUAGCUUAAGUGUAACUAAAAAUAUGAAGUUCAGUACCAAGGACAGAGACAAUGACACUGAUUCUAAGUCAUGUGCUCAAACCUACAUAACAGCAGGCUGGUUUUCUAAUUGCUUUAAUACAAAUCUGAACGAUGAAGUCAAAGCCAUGCUGAAAAAGACUAAAUGGGAUCACAAGAACACAGUUAUCUCUAUACAAGGACCUAUGACCCUGGAUAUACAGUCAAGUUAUAAACUAAAGGAAGGACGGGUGUUUCUUAAAUCACACGUCAAAGAGAAGCACAAGGACUGUGCUGAUAUCCUCAAACACAGACCCAUGAGUAAAGAUGGUGUAUACACGAUUUAUCCUGACAUGAACACAAAUAAAUCGGUGUUCUGUGACAUGACAACUGACGGAGGCGGAUGGCCGGUUAUACAAAGACGACAAGAUGGCGUGACUGACUUCUACAGAAACUGGGCCGAGUACAAGAAUGGAUUUGGUGACGCCGAGGAUGAAUAUUGGCUGGGAAAUGAUGCUAUUCACACACUGACAAAAGACAAAAAGCAAGAACUAAGGAUAGAUCUGGAGAGAUUCUCUAGACAAAAAGCACAUGCAACCUACUCCAUAUUCUAUAUCGGUAACGAGGCUGACCAGUAUAAACUAACAGUAGGGGGAUUCAAGGGUACCAAAGGUCUUGGUGAUAGUUUUGGAUACGAAAACGGCAUGAAGUUCAGUACCAAGGACAAAGACAAUGACACACACUCCAAAGUAUCAUGUGCUCAAUACUAUACAACAGCAGGGUGGCUUUUUAAUUGUCUUAGUUCAAAUCUUAAUGGCGUAUACAGAAAAGACUCCAAGAAAGAUGGCAAAGAACUGAGUUGGUAUGAUAAUGGACAACUCCAUAGAUCAGUCUAG